AUGACUGCUGUGUAUCAUAUUUUGUUUUUUAUCCUUCUAAUAUCGUGUACAAAUUCAAUAUAUGUCCGAAUCACGGAUCGAAAGCCCAAAUGGGCAGUGAAACGAGAAACCACUCAGUCUCCUCCUCAAAAGCCGACGUAUGCAUCUAAUCCUGGAGAUAAGCAAAAUUCAGUCAAAGAAGCUAUGAUGGGGACGACUUCAGAACCAAGUGAAGAUUUUCGCUCUAUACCAAUUUCACGUGCAGUAGUUCCCUUUUCUGGACCUGACGUUCUUUUGCCUCUCACUUCUGUGUGUAGCCCCUAUAGAACGAGCCAUUACACCUAUUACGUAUGCCCAUUUCAGUAUAUAAUGCAGGUGGAAAACAAGGUGAAUGGAUUUCGUGGCUGUAUUGGAAUUUGGGGUCAAUAUAUCGAGAAACCGACACAGAAUUCCGAAAUCCGUCUCCGAUUUGAUGAUGGUGACGAGUGUUUAGGUCAUAUAUAUCGCACUACCAAUGUUUUGGUUCCUCUUUUCAAUAACAUACAGCUGAUCAUUUCCUGUGAUCCUCUUGUACAAGAAAACCUUCGUGUUCUCUCUGUUCGCGAAGUCCGCACUUGCCAAUAUGAAAUAGAAGCUUCUUCGCCCAUUGUGUGCAGAAUCGAAAGCCACGAAAGGUCAAGUCAAGAGUCAACACCAUCUGAAGCGGAAGCAUCGAAAGCAGGGCAAAGAAUGGGCGAAACAAAAGAGCAAGGUGAGAUGGAAGGACAAGAGAAUCGUUCGGAUGACUCGAACGUGGAACGGAAAUGA